AUGAUCUAUAGCCGAAGGUUACAAAAUAUAGCUAGAGUAAUGUCGUCAUCACCAAGCACUGCAGCAGCAGCAACAACGGCAACAGCCAAAAAACCAUCAAUACAACAACCAAAAUGGUACGAGCCGAGUGAUAAAUCAUCAGCUAAGCCAAAGUUGAAAAUUUACAACUCUUUGACCCGUACUAAGAACGACUUUCAUUCAAUUAAACCAGGUCACAUAACAUGGUACAGCUGUGGACCAACUGUUUAUGAUCACUCCCAUAUGGGUCAUGCUAGGAAUUAUGUGUCGACCGAUAUCUGUAGGAGGAUCUUACAAGACUACUUUGGCUACAAUGUCUUAUUUAUCCAAAACGUCACUGAUAUCGAUGACAAAAUUAUCAUAGCUGCUCGUCAACAGCAUCUUUUCGAAGAAAAGAUUGUCAGCCACUACAAGGAUGUCAAAGAAGUGUUAGGCUUAUCCAAAACCUCCUUACUGUAUUACGUGGAAAAGAACUUGCCCGAGUUUACAGGUGACAUAGAGAAGGACUUUGUCAUAUGGUCACAAUCGAUUCCAAAUCUCGAAGAAAUAAAGAAGGAGAAACCUAAAUUACCAAUGUAUGUGAAAGCCGUGGUUAGAGCACUCAACGCCAUCAACGACAAGAACAUUUCGUACAACGACUUCUUAAACGAGAUAAAGGAUGUCGCUGUUGUAUACUUGGAUAAGGAACAUGGGGCAUCAGUCACUGAACCCAGCAUUUUCAAAAAACUUCCAUUAUAUUGGGAAAACAAAUUUAACGAAGAUAUGUCAAAGCUCAGUGUCUUACCACCAUCUGUAACUACAAGGGUAUCCGAAUAUGUUCCCGAUAUCAUUGACUAUGUUGAUAAGAUUAUAUCCAAUGGUUAUGCCUAUGCAACAGAAGACGGUUCUGUGUAUUUUGAUACUGUCAAGUAUGAACAUUCAAAACAUGAUUAUGCCAAGUUGCAACCUUGGAACAAAGGUGAUAUGAGCUUGAUAAAUGAUGGUGAAGGUUCAUUGAGUUUGGGAAACUCGAAACGUAAUCCUAGUGAUUUUGCUUUAUGGAAGGCAUCAAAGCCAGGUGAACCCGCUUGGGAUUCCAAAUGGGGUAAGGGAAGACCUGGCUGGCAUAUUGAGUGCUCAGUAAUGGCAUCGGAUAUCACCGGUUCACAAAUGGAUAUUCACAGUGGUGGUGUUGAUUUGUGUUUUCCUCAUCAUGACAACGAGUUAGCGCAAUCAGAAGCUUACUUUGACAACAACCAGUGGGUCAAUUAUUUCAUGCACAAUGGUCAUUUACACAUACAAGGCCAAAAAAUGUCGAAAUCAUUAAAGAACUUUAUUACUAUAAAUGACGCAUUGAAAGACUUUAGCUCGAGACAAUUGAGAUUUGUAUUUGCAUUAUGCCCUUGGAACAAGCCUUUGGACUUCAAGGACAGCUUAAUCAGCGAGGUUAUGUCGAUUGAAUCUACAUUUAGUAAGUUUUUCACAAAUGUUCGUGCUUUGAAUAAUGAGUAUAAGCAUAAAGUGGAAAAGGGAGAGUAUGUGUCUAAACGUAUUGGGGAAAACGAAAAGCAAUUAUAUGCCGAUUUGGACAAAGCUCAGGAUGAUGUUGACAUUGCUUUCAACGAUAAUUUGUCAAGCGGAGACGCCAUCAAGUGUUUGGUAGAGUUGGUGUCUAAAAGCAACAACUACAUACAACCAGCAACCACAGGCAAGAGCGAACUUCGAAUUGAAGUUCUAUUACUGGUUACAUCCUGGAUUCUGAAAAUUCUCAACAUCUUAGGCUUUCAAUCUAGACCUGACAAACUCGGCUGGGUCGAUGAAUCUUCUUCCUCAGAGGGUGUUGGAUCUGCAGAAGAUGUCGCAAUGCCUUAUGUGAAAGCAUUGGCCCAAUUUAGAGACCAAGUGAGAAAUUUAGCCAUCAAAAAAGCAGAUUUGAAGGAGUUUUUAUCAGCUUCUGAUUCCAUUAGAUCAGAUUUGAUCAACCUUAACGUUUCUCUCGAUGAUAGACCUGAUGGAAACGCUUUAGUCAAAUUUCUCAAUGAAUCUGAAAAGCAACAGUUGCUCAGCCAACAAGAAGCCAAGGCUAAACAACUGGCGGAAAAAGAAGCUAAACGAAAAGAACAGGAGGCAUUGAAAGCAAAAAAGGAGGCAGAGAAAUUGGUCCAACUGAAGAUUCCUCCUAGUGAAUUGUUCAAAAAUGAUCCAUCCUAUAAGGAAUUUGACGAAAUGGGAAUUCCAACGAUUGAUAAUAAAGGGGAGGAAAUCAGUAAGAGUAUGAAAAAGAAGUUAAUGAAGCAAUAUCAACAACAAGGGAGGCUUCAUAAUGAGUAUUUGAAGUCAAUUGGUGAAUCAUCGUAG